AUGAAGAGAACACAAGAAUUCGAUAACGAUAACAGUAAGAGAUUAAAGAUAGACGACAGAAUAGAUCCUGUCGAAAAAUUGUUAAGUUAUAAUACCAGUAAUGAUAAUUACCUUGAAGACGAUUAUGAUUAUGGUAUUAAUGAUGAAGUUGAAGAAUUGAAUAUAAAGUCAAUUGAUAUAAAUUUUACCAAAAUCUUACAAGAUAAUUUGAUAAAGUUGAUCAAUAGACCAAAGAAUAGUUUUAUGAAAUUCUCAUUAGAAAAUAAUGAUGAAGACAGUGACGAAGAAAGUGAUAACGAAUAUAAUGAUAAUGAAACAAGACCUCAAGUACCAUUUUUUAAAUCGGUAAAUUUCAAUCCAAAGCCAAAGACUCAUAUUUUUGAUGAGUUGUUUGCCUUAGAUGACAAAUCUAUUGAUCCUUUAGAUUCAAAUAAUGAAAAAUUCGAUAAUUUAGAUCCAUUAGAUCCUAUCAGUAAUAUUGAAAGUUCCGAUGUUGAAAUUUCAAAAGAGAAAUUAGAGAAAUCUUCUAUAUCAUCAAUUUCUUCCAUUUCAUCCGUUGAAGAAGAAGCUCAAACUCCAAAGACUUCACCAAUGCUUCAAAAUUCAAAGAUGUGUUUCAAUUUUAGAGAAAAUAAUUACUUGAACUUGUCUAAUCUGAAACCUCAAUUUGAUGAUUGUAAGAUUUUGAAUGAAUUUGCCUUAUCCAAUCCAACUCAAAUGAUUGGUAGCAAUAAAUUUUUGUAUAACGAUUUCCUUUUAUGA